CAACUCCUAGAGUACCCCGCGCCGCUGGCACGCCGUGCAGCUGCGGGGCGGGGCGAGAGCAAAGAUGUCCGCGCCCGCUGCCGGGAGGCGAGGUGAGAGUCUUAGAUCGUAAACAGGCGCCUAGAGCUGAGGCAGUUCCUGCACGUGUCGCGGGACCGGAGACGCUAGGGCCAGGUAUUCCAAGGAUGCAAGAAUCCUGCAAAUCCGACAUGUAAACUGCUUCCCCAGCCUCCAGGCGAGCCCUGCCUUUGCCUCAGGCCCCUUCCUUUUCCUUCUCGGGGAAUCGACCUCGGGAAGGGGUGUGGGCAAAGAGAUGAGGACUCUCUCCCUUUUCGCCCAGGCCAAGUCGGGAUAUCCCGGAACCUUUGGGGAGGCGGUCACUCCGACGUCUGAGGACCUGGGCCUUGGGCCCGGACUCGUUAUGAAGAGCGACUGCUCGACCUCUGCAGCCCCCUUCAGGGGGCUUGGGGGACCUCUGCGCAGCAGCGAGCCGGUGCGCACCGCCCCGGCCCGGGCGCCGGCCGUGGACCUUCUGGAGGAGGCGGCCGACCUCCUGGUGGUGCACCUAGACUUCCGGGCGGCGCUGGAGACCUGCGAGCGGGCCUGGCAGAGUCUGGCCAACCACGCCCUGCCAGAGGAACCCGCGGGCACCUCCUUGGAGGUGAAGUGCUCCCUGUGUGUUGUGGGGAUCCAGGCCCUGGCAGAAAUGGAUCGGUGGCAAGAAGUCCUCUCCUGGGUCCUUCAGUAUUACCAGGUCCCUGAAAAGCUACCCCCCAAAGUCCUGGAGCUGUGCAUUCUUUUAUACAGCAAAAUGCAAGAGCCUAGAGCCGUGCUGGAUGUGGUGGGUGCCUGGCUCCAAGACCCAGCCAACCAAGACCUUCCAGAAUAUGGAGCCUUGGCAGAAUUUCAUGUGCAGCGGGUGCUGCUGCCUCUGGGCUGCUUGUCGGAAGCUGAGGAGCUAGUGGUGGGCUCUGCAGCUUUUGGUGAGGAGCGGCGGCUGGAUGUACUUCAGGCCAUUCACACAGCGAGGCAGCAGCAGAAACAGGAACACUCAGGCUCUGAGGAGGCCCAGAAGCCAAACCAGGAAGGCUCUGUCUCCCACAAGUUCCUGUCACUGCCGAUGUUGGUUCGCCAGCUCUGGGACUCUGCAGUGAGCCACUUCUUUUCUCUGCCCUUCAAAAAGAGCCUCCUGGCUGCCUUGAUCCUCUGUCUCCUGGUGGUGAGGUUUGAUCCAGGUAAGUGGUGGAGACUCUUCCCCCCUCCUUCCUGGGAAGGGGUUGUUGUCAGGGCUGGGCCUGUGGGAGUGGGUAUUUGUCAGUACUCCUGUCAGAGUCCUACUGGGGAUGGGGGUCUCUCCUAUGACAUUUCCCCCCGAGUCUGUUCCACAAGGAGGAAUUGCUGGACUGGGGCAUGAGUCAGCCCCACCCAGAAGGAGAGGCCAGUCCUGGAGUCCAUGAGAGCAGCCGGGAGAAAGUCCCCUUGGCCCUACUGACUCCUGAACAUGGACUGAGUCAUAGCCCUCCACUUUUUCUAGGGCUGACCUCUGACCAGAACCUCAGAAUUUAAGAAAACUUCCCCUUGGCCAAGAGCGGUGGCUCACACCUGUAAUCCCAGCUCUUUGGGAGGCCGAGGCAGGCAGAUCACAAGGUCAGGAGAUAGAGACCAGUGUGGCCAACAUUGUAAAAUC